UUGAACGCAGCGUCGGAGCUGGAAUAAUUUACCCAAUACCGAGGUCACAUUUCAACAAAGUUGAACUUUUGGACUCGCAUCACUGAUCAUAAACUGUCUGCACGCUUGAGUUGAGCAAAAGCUUUAGCCACCAUGGCUGAGCCACCCGUUCUUAUACGACAAGAUGAGGUUGAAGGUUUGUUGCAUUAUAAAGAUUUGAUCCCACGACUUGAAGUAGCACUGGGGAAGUUUUCCAAGCUGGACAGCGCAGAAGUGAUCCAGCCCGUUCGUACUACGGUCCCGUUACAAAAAUACAAUGGAUUCCUGGGGCUGAUGCCUGCGUAUUUGGUGCAUGAAGACAUUCUGUGCACAAAAUUGGUGUGUUUCUACAAGAGGGAGAGUGGGUCAACUCUGCCAUCAACUCAAGCCACAGUGUUGCUGUUUGAUCCUGAGUAUGGGAACGUCAAAGCUGUCAUGGAUGGGGAGGUCAUCACAGCCAAAAGGACAGCAGCAGUGUCUGCUAUUUCUGCCAAACUGUUGAUGCCAGCCAAGUCGGAGGUGUUGACCAUACUGGGAGCUGGCCAUCAGGCCCUCAGCCACUACAACGUCUUCACAGAAACCUUCUCCUUUAAAGAGGUCCGCGUGUGGAGCAGGAGGAAAGAGACGGCGGAGAGGUUUGCCCAGUCCACCCAGGGUCACGUUACAGUAUGGGAGUCAGUGGAGGAGGCAGUGAACGGUGCAGAUGUCAUAGUCACUGUGACUGGGGCCAGUGAACCAGUGCUCUUUGGCCAGUGGGUCAAGCCAGGUGCCCAUGUAGCAGCUGUGGGAGCCUGCAGGCCAGACUGGAGGGAGCUGGAUGAUGUGUUGAUGAGGCAGGCUGAGGUGUAUGUGGACAGCAGAGAGGGAGCUGUAGCAGAGUCAGGAGACAUCAUCCUGUCUGGGGCCAAAGUGUUUGCAGAGCUUGGAGAGGUUCUCAAUGGAACAAGACCUGCUCUUAGAGAGAAGACCACUGUGUUCAAAUCCCUUGGAAUGGGGAUUCAAGAUGCAGUCUCUGCCAAGCUUGUGUUUGAACAGUGGAAGAACAAACACUGAAGACCUGAGGAUAAUGGGAUGGCCAUGGAUGUGAUCACUUACAUUCCCACCAGUUCUAUAUUAAAGGGAGUAGGUGGAAAGAUAGUGGGAGUUAAAGCACAUUCCUACAUCUGCACAACAGAAAGUUAAAAAAACUGAGAUUUAAAAUGAAUUUAUUGGCUUUAAAAAAAAAUUCAGCAGAUUAACUACUAUUAUCAUGUCAAAAUAAAACCACAUUUAGCCAAAGAAAAA